AAGUAAUAAAUAUAGGGAGUGACCAUCAAUUCUUCAUAUGCUUGUGCUUGGUCAACCAAUGAGCUCAAACUAGGAAAUUUCGAGUUUCACAGUGAUCUUUUAUCUCCAGGACACGUCUACUCGGGUUUUUGCAUCGGUGCAUCUCUCGAAUUAUAAAGUAAUUUUGCUAGAAAGAGUCAAGAAUGGCGGACCUUGUCGCAGGGGCUGUUCUAGGAGCAGCAUUUGCUGAGCUGUGUGAUGGUGUUAAAAAUAAGGUCAUGCCCAAGAGCACGACGCCCCAACUACUCAGAGAUCUGGUCUCAAAGCUAGAGUCUUUGGGACCACUGAUCUCAGAGAUUAAGGAGUACAACAGCUUUCUGGAUCAUCCGAUCGACGAGGAUCUAGAGGAAGUAGAACAACUUGUGGUGAAUGGCAAAUUGCUCAUUAGCAAGUGUGCCAACUUCAAGGGUGGUCCGUGGAAUAACAGAAAAAAGAAUAAAUACAAAAACAAACUGGAAGAACUGGACAAGUCUCUCGCCCCGUUGUUAGAAAGACUGCGAGGGCAAGCGAGGGACUUGAGAAUGGAGUUGGUCAGAGCAAGGAAUUCAGCGGACGCGACAGAAGUCGCGGUUGAAACUCAAUCUGACAUUGAAAUUCAGCCUUUCUCAAGGAGGAUUCAGAAUUGGAUGGUCAACCGAAGCUAUGGUUCAUGGGGCAUCAUGUUUAUGAUUCUGUUUUUGGUAAGUAUGGUCAUGGCAGCUACUGGUUCUACAGGCACAAAAUGGUUUGUAUUCAACUUUGGAAUUAAUUAUUUAGGGAUUAAUAAUUACUGAAUGAACCUAGCUGGGCCGUUUGAAGUGUGAACUUUGAUGUAGUUUUCCAUUACCGGAGCUCUGUAAUCCAUAUCUUCCUUAUCGUUUCCAGUAUUUUCAAUAAUAUAAUUUAUAAAUCAAUCAAUAUUUAUUCGGCACAUAA